AUGUCUCUGGUAUACACAUCCCAACAGAUUAUGGUUUACAGUAGUGUUUUCCUUCUUCUUUUUGGAAUAUUCGGUAACACAAUGAGUAUCUACAUGUUCUCAAGUGUCCCAACAUAUCGACGAACUCCGGCAACAUUCUAUUUUCUAAUGGAAUCCGCUUUCCAGAAUAUUUAUUUGUUUAUUAAUCUUAUACCUCGCAUCAUUGCUUUCAAUCUUGGAUACGAUUUCGCCAACGUCUCAUCAUUGUGGUGUAAGUCGCGACAAGUAAUUUUAACGGUCGCAUCGACAUCGGCAAUUACUUUGGCUAGUUUAUGUAUGAUUGAUCAAUAUUUAAUCACAUCAUCCAAUGCAUCAGUUCGUCGAUUGAGUCAAAUCAAAUUCUCUCAUCGCAUUUCUUUUAUCGUUACCAUUAUCUGGUGUCUUCAUGCGAUUCCAUUCUAUUUAUAUGCGGAAAUAUCACCAAUAACAAAAACAUGUGUUCCUAUGAAUCCCGGUCUUGCCGCUUAUGUCCCAAUAUAUUUUCUUAUCAUUCACUGUGGAAUUCCAGCAUCGAUCUUACUCAUAUUUGGAAGUUUAACUUAUCGAAAUAUUCGUCGAACCAUCAAUCUUUCUGAGCGACGCGCUGAUAGACAACUCUUGAAGAUGACAGUUUUACAAAUAAUUCUUCUUGUGUGCUCUACGGGUCCACUAGGAGUUUAUUGGCUGUACAGUCUAAUUGUAUCUGGAAUUAUCAAAGAUCAAGAUCGAAUAACGAAGGAAUAUCUUGCUUAUGCGAUGAUCAGUACUGAACAAGGAUUUUAUUACUCAUCAAGUUUCUACAUAUUCUUGUUCUCAUCAAAAGUUUUCCGUCGACAUGUAAAGCAACGUUUACUAAGACAACGGCGUACCAAUUCAGUUGUUCCAAAUAAUCAGAUCCAAUAA